UUUUCUUGUUUUCCUUAUAAGCAUUCGGCCUUGUGUCGUUGUUUUUGUUGUGGUCUCCUUGGAUUUGUAAAGCCUUUCUUAUAAGUUCUAAGGCUUUCCCUCAUUUCUCAUUUCCCAUCUAUAUAAAAGCCUGUCUCCCUUUUAGAGAGAGAGAGCGAGAGACGCAAACUAGUUAUAAAAAGAUAAGAUUUUUCAUUUUAGAUAGAGAGAGAGAGUUAGAGAGAUAUGAGAACAAGGAGAGGGCUUUGUUAUCCUAGAGUUGUUGAAGAUAAGAACAUGAGAGUUGUGAAGCGAAGGAGAGAUUUCGCCGCCGAACAAGUUAGUUACCGGAAAAGAAGCCGGAAUUCUUCUGAUAUCGCUGGAAAGCGUGACUUGUUCGAUUCCUUGCCGGACGAUCUCGUCAUUUCCAUUCUCUGCAAACUCAGCUCCUCCGCCACUUGCCCCUCCGAUUUCGCCAACGUUCUCCUCACGUGCAGGAGGUUAAACGGUUUAGGACUUAAUUCCUUAGUGUUAUCAAAAACUUCUCAGAAAACAUUCGCCAUUAGAGCCAAGAACUGGUCCGAGUUAGCUCAUCGCUUCUUGAAACUCUGCGCAGAUGCCGGAAACGUCGAAGCCUGUUACACUCUCGGCAUGAUUCGAUUUUACUGUUUACACAACCGAGGAAGCGGGGCUUCUCUAAUGGCCAAAGCGGCGAUUAGCUCUCACGCGCAGGCACUGUACUCGCUUGCCGUGAUUCAGUUCAACGGUAGCGGAGGCACCAAAAACGACAAGGACUUGAGAGCCGGCGUGGCCUUGUGUGCGCGUGCCGCUUUUCUGGGCCACAUCGACGCGCUUCGCGAGCUUGGUCACUGUCUCCAAGACGGUUACGGCGUUCGCCAAAACAUAACCGAAGGUCGCCGGUUCCUCGUCCAAGCCAACGCUAGAGAACUCGCGGCGGUGUUUUCCACAUCCGCGAACCCCACGCGCCCUCUCUUCACGUGGAACCCACUUCCUCUCCCACACCCACAUCCUCAUCCACGAACCGUGAACAGCGGCGGCGGCGGCGGCGGUGGUUGCCCCUUGUUAAGCGAUUUCGGCUGCAACGUUCCGGCCCCAGAGGCUCACCCGGCGAACCGGUUCAUGUCAGAGUGGUUCGCGGCUCGGGCUGGGAUUCCCGGACCUGGUUUGAGGCUGUGUUCGCACGCGGGGUGUGGUAGACCGGAAACUAGGAGACACGAGUUUCGUCGGUGCUCAGUUUGUGGAACCGUGAAUUACUGCUCACGCGCUUGCCAGGCGCUUGAUUGGAAGAUGAAGCACAAGGCGGAGUGUACACCUACGGAACGGUGGGUCGACGAGGAAGGUGACGUCGACGGAAACGGUAACGGGAAUGGAGAUAACGGUGGUGAUGGAGGAGGCGAAGACGGAGUUAAUGGGAACGAUGAUGUCAUGCCAGACAGUUGAAGUCAAGUGUUAACGGUGAAGAUGACGGAACGGUUACGCCAGAUAAUGUGGGUUACUAGGACAAAGUAAAAAAAAAAAAAAAAAAAAAAGAGG